UAACGAGAGAGGGCGGAGCUACAGGUCUUCAGGGCCUUCAGCUAUUGGCUGCUUCGAAUCACGUGCGUUGUUAUCAAGAUGGCGUCUUCGAAUGGAGGUGAGGACUUUGAAUCCUCUCUGCUAAGUUUUGAAAAACUUGACCGAGCUUCACCUGACCUGUGGCCGGAGCAGUUACCGGGUGUCUCUGAAUUUGCUGCAUCCUUCAAAAAUCCUAUCACAAAUUCUCCGCCCAAGUGGAUGGCUGAACUGGAGACAGAAGAUAUUGAAAUGUUGAAAGAAUUAGGAAGUUUGACCACAGCAAAUCUGAUGGAGAAGGUGAAGGGACUGCAAAAUCUGGCUUAUCAAUUGGGUUUGGAGGAAUCUCGAGAAAUGACAAGAGGGAAAUUCCUGAACAUCUUGGAGAGACCCAAAAAGUGAAGACCCAGAUGGUGACCGCUGACCUGUUGGCUCAGUGACCAGUUGAUUGUGAGCUUGUAAGGCAGAACACAGUAGCAUGAUACGCUAAAUUUUAAAGACUUUCACCAAUAUUCAACUGAUUUGGGGUCAAAAAACCAUAACACCAUAAACAUUUUUUGUAUAUAUGUUUAAUAGAGUAGAAAGGCAAGGAUAGUGCUGUGCUUUUCAGUAAAUGUUCAUUAAUGUAUUUAUUUUUAACUUUACAGUUUAAUACAGCUUCAAUUGUUUUAAUAAAAAUACAGUGUUGUUUAAAUAAAGUGCAGUUGGUUGUGCUCUUGUCUACA